AUGGCUUCUGAACCUAGACAAUAUGUUCCUCUGACCUGCCAUGGCCACUCCCGACCCGUUCCUCACAUUGCGUUCUCCACCCUGGAAAAGGAUGAUACGUAUUACAUGAUCUCGGCCUGCAAAGAUGGCAAUCCAAUGCUCCGUGAUGGUAUCACUGGCGACUGGAUCGGCACCUUUAUCGGUCACAAGGGUGCUGUUUGGCAAGCCAGACUAAGCCCCAACAACUCGAACGCUGCCACAGCCUCGGCCGACUUUACUGCCAAGAUUUGGGACACUCACACUGGCGAAUUGCUGUACACCCUUCAGCACGACCACAUUGUUCGCGCUGUCGCAUACCCCCCGGACAACUCUGACCUUGUCGCCACGGGUGGCAUGGAAAAGAAGCUUCGUGUCUUUGACCUGACGGAGCUCGCUGCCUCCGGUUCUGGAUCUCCGGCCGUCAUUCCCGCCUCGGCAGGUUUCGAGAUUGGCGAGGGCGUUCACACCGGCUCCAUCAAGUUUAUUUGCUGGACCCAGGACCCCAACAUUGUCGUUACCGCUUCAGACAAGACCAUUCGAUGGCUGGACCUGCCAAGCCGUGCCUGCAUCCGUCAUGAGGUGCUUGAUGGAGACAUCAAGUCCUGCGAGAUGGUCUCGCUGGCACCCGAAUACAGCUCGCCCAACGACAUUGGCGGCGGAAAGCCAGUGCUUGCCGUGUCAGCUGGAAAGACGGUGUACUUUUGGGGCGGUGACCGGGCCAUGGACGAGCUGAAGCGCAUCGUUCUCCCUUACACCAUUGCCAGCGUUUCGCUUGACGUUAAGGGUCGGAAGCUAGUUGUCGGUGAGGAGCCCGGAACGUGGGCCAAGGUGAUUCGCUACGACGACGAGACGGAAAUUGAUACGCACAAGGGACACCACGGCCCUAUUUGGUCUAUCGCCUUUGCCCCCGACGGCAAGCUAUAUGCGACUGGAUCGGAGGACGGAACCAUCAAGCUGUGGAAGAACUGCGAGGGAUUCUACGGCCUCUGGCGUGGAGGGACAGAGCGAAAUGCGGAAUAG